ACGAUGCAUACUGCCUACGAUCGUAAGGAUAAUGCAGAACCGGCGUCUAUCGCAGCUUUAGCGGUAUCAAGGGAUCAUAGAACAGUAUAUGUGGGUGACACUCGUGGCAGAGUAUUUUCAUGGAGCGUGUGUGAACAACCCGGACGCACGGUCGCCGAUCAUUGGCUGAAAGACGAAGGAGCGGAUUCUUGCGUUGGUUGCGGCGUUCGAUUCAAUUUAUAUGAAAGAAGGCAUCAUUGUCGCAACUGUGGACAAGUAUUCUGCUCCAGGUAAGUCUUAAGUA